GGGGAUCAAAAACGCACACCCCGUUAAAGCGCUGGCGCCCGAUGAAGUCACCUUCUCAGGUCCCGUCCCUGCCUGGUGUCCACUACAGCGCUCCCAGACAGACGCCUAGGCAAGCUGCAGAGUUCACACAGCACCACCGAGCCCUGCAUCACCCCUGUUCCUGCCGUUCACCGUUUCCUUCCCCUGAGUAAAUGAAACCCCGGAGAGGAUCAGGUAGGGGGCUCCGGGCGGCCUAUUCACAGACGUGGAAAUGAGGUGGGGGGAGAAAACCUUAAUUCAAAGUAAGGCGAUUGCACCCCGGUCGGCAGCAGACAACCUGUCCCCGCCGGGCACUCGAGUCUGGGCCACGGAAGCCCGGGGGACGGAGGCGAGCGCCCCAGCAGGGCCUGUAGCACCCUCGGGCUACCCCCUCCGCGGGAGGCGCAGGGCAGCCCUCACGCCGGGCCCGGGCUGCAGAGGCGCCAGCUCGCAGGGGAAGGUCCUGCCGCCCCCACGCCCGGCCCCGGCCGCAGUGCGCACAGAGGCGCGGCCGUAGACGUCAGCAGCGACCCCCCGGGCUCCUCGGAGGCGCCGCGACUGCCGCAGACCCUGACCCCGCCCCUGCCGCGGCAUCCGGCCAAUCGUCGCCCUUGGAAGGCGGGACCGACGGCGUGAGGCCCCGCCCCCUGGCGUCAGCUCUUAUAAGUGCGGCGGCGGCGCCGGCUCUAACAGCUGCGGCCACUGCGGAAAGGUGAUUAUGCAAAGUGCCAUGUUUCUGGCCGUUCAGCACGACUGCGGACCCAUGGACAAGAGCGCAGGCAGCGGACCCAGGAGCGAGGAGAAGCGGGAGAAAAUGAAGCGGACGCUAUUAAAAGAUUGGAAGACCCGUUUGAGCUACUUCUUGCAAAAUUCCUCCUCUCCUGGGAAGCCCAAAACUGGGAAGAAGAGCAAACAGCAAACCUUUGUCAAGCCUUCUCCUGAGGAAGCACAGCUGUGGUCAGAAGCUUUCGACGAGCUGCUAGCCAGUAAAUAUGGUCUUGCUGCAUUCAGGGCUUUUUUAAAAUCUGAAUUCUGUGAAGAAAACAUUGAAUUCUGGCUGGCCUGUGAAGACUUCAAAAAAACAAAGUCACCACAGAAGCUGUCCUCAAAAGCAAAGAAAAUAUAUACUGACUUCAUAGAAAAAGAAGCUCCAAAGGAGAUAAACAUAGACUUUCAAACUAAAACUCUGAUUGCCCAAAAUAUACAAGAGGCUACGAGUGGCUGCUUUACAACUGCCCAGAAAAGGGUGUACAGUUUGAUGGAGAACAACUCUUAUCCCCGUUUCUUAGAGUCGGAAUUCUACCAGGACUUGUGUAAAAAGCCCCAGAUCACUACUGAGCGCCGUGCCACAUGAGAGGAAAGAGGGAGCCCAGAAGUCGAGGGCCUGUCAUUGUUUUCCGAAGGAGAAAGGCUGCAACCUGCCAAACAGACUGACCUUGAAGUCAGGCUGGAUGUUCGGAGAACAUCACUCAGAACAAUUGAUUCAAAGCUGGGCAGCAAAUGGGGAAGCUGGCGGCAGUGCUGGAGAAGCUUGUGUUGCGGUAGCUUCCCUAGCGGUGUAUAGAGCACAGGAAGAGAGCAGUUUAGAUGCGGUGUGUCUCACAUUGGAAAAGCAGGAAUGUGGGACUGAAAGAUACAGUGUAAUACUGUUGGUCCAAAAACAUUUAAAAUCAUUAGGUCUGGGAUUAUGUGGCCUUAGCUGGCUGGCUGUACAUCUUUCCCAAAUCAGUUCAUGUCACCACACGAACUAGUGUUGGUUUCUUAGUAUUAAGGUAACAUUAAAUAAUGUUUACUGUGCGCAAGGGUAUUGACGUUCUUAUGACUACAGAUAAUCUGUACCAUCAUAUCACAUGAUGCUUGAACUGAAUGGUCUAUAUUUGAAUUGUUAAAUGUUGUGUGUAAUGGAAUGAAUGCUGUUGUAUAGAAAACUACAAUGUCCAUUAUGAGUGUCAUAAACUGUCCUGAAGGCAGCUAAUUAUGAGGUAGUCUUUGAAUACUUUUAAUAAAUUUAUUUUAAUAAAUAAUGUUAUUGAUACUUGG